GACUGGGCGUCUAAGGUGAGUUGAUGACAAACUAGACAGCAGACAGUGUCUGCGUGGAGAUAUGUUUGCAGCAGAACAGUUGGUGUUUAAACCACACACAGUUUAGUUAGGAUAACGCCUGGUGCUGUUUGGCUGGGUUUGAGUAUGGGUUUGUCGUUCCUUUUAGUGUUGGCCGCCACAGUGAUUCUCAUCAGACCCGAAACACCUGUAACAAAGGCUCUUCAUCAGAACUCACUCGAGUGCUGUGGCGAGAAACACAAAGUGAACAGCUCAUGCUCCAACAACACUCAUUGUGAACCAGGUUGCUUCUUUCGUAUUUUGGAGAACAACAACACCGUCUGCAUAUUCUGUGACUCGGCUGCGGUGGAUUUGGAGAACGUAACAGUCUGCACCUACAACUACACAGUGGAGCGUAAAAAUCACACCACAGUAACCACAGUCAUUCCUAAAAUUGGAGGCCCAGGUGUGGCAGCGUCUCUCCUUCUCGGAACUCUGUUGAUCAGCCUGUUCCUCAUCCUAACCGUUGCCUCGUUUUUCUACCUCAAACGCUCUAACCGGCUCCCGAGCUUCUUCUACCGUCGCAACAAGGGCUUCAUAUUCCAGCCAAGUGAAACAGCGGUUAUGAUCCCCUCCUCGUCAGUGAGAAAGCCCAGGUACGUGAGACGGGAGCGGUCCUCUGCCGCAUCAACGCUGAACAGAGCCACAAUUCCCACAUCAGCCACGACCCAAGUGUACAGCGCGUAGAAAGGAAAGUGGGUGGAGAGAACGCUCAGGAAGGAGGUUUGGGAGAGAAGGAAGACUAGCUGACUGGAAACACAGCUGUAGCUGCUGCUUCUGCCUUCAUCUCACCAGGGCCAAUAUCAUCUCUGCUUUUAAAACAAACAUGCCAUCAGAAAAGAUCAACCACCAGUAGGUGAGCUGGGAGCUUUCUUGGUGCUCUAAAUUCACUGGGAAACUUUAGUUUGCUUAAUUUUUAUUACUAUUUAUCACUGUUUAAUAAAAUCUCAGGAUCCCCCAUUCCUCAGUGGAUUUACCCCACUCUGAACCAAAUUGGCUUAGGUUUCCCUGACUUUGUUAUUUUUGGAUCGUUGUAUUAAAAGUGCCAAAAACGGAGGGCGUUGAAGCCCCUCUUCUCUGGAUGUGUAAAAUACACUAAACUUUAGUUUGGGUUAAAAUGCUUCAAAUACUUCCAAAUAUCCACUUUAGUGAAAAUAAGCUGCUUUAAUCUGCUGCUUCUGAAUGUGAUUCAUGCAAUCCACAUCGUUUUGCACACAAGGAAAAAAGCAAAGCCAGAUCCCGCAGAUUGAGUUUUGGGGAGCAAACCGACAGCCCAGUAUCAUUUCCAUUUUUCUGAUGUAUUUGCUUGUUUGCUGUUUAUUUCAUUUGUGCACUGAGUUUUACUUGAUAAAACGAGGCCAACGAAGAAAAUAACAUGCUUUCUGUUGCAAAUGAACACACUGAUGUGUUACUGCGAACACUGUACUAUCUGUAUUUGUUGGAUUGUUUCAUUUUAGUCACUGACGUUGUAUUUAUUGUGUGUAACCAGCCGCGGUGAAUGUAUUUCUCACAUCAGAGUCAUAAACGCCAACUCACUCCAUCUGCAUUUAUAAAUGAUUGUUUAUUCAUCAGGAGUCCUAUUAAACCAGUUGAACUUUAUUUUAAUCCCCCAAGACUCGGAGGGUCCUGCACUUUAUCUUUCUCGGGCCUCCAUCUAAUUCCUUAACAGGUUAAAUUUGAACACCUGACUCCUUUUUAUCAAAUGUCUGAAGAAAAUGACUUAUUGUUUCUGUACUGUGAUAACUGUGCCAUAAUUGAGUUUUUUAAUCUGAUGUAGCUGUGGUGAACAGUGUGUUUCAUUAAUACUCAGUGGCCUUUACGAUAUCUGCAAGUCAAGUUUGAUUUGCUAUAUGAUGUAUUUAUUUGUUGGAACACUAAGCCCAUGGAUUUCCAUGUUUUAUUUACAUUCUUAAGUAAUCUGAGGUCAUUCCUGUUGCUUUGUGUGUGUUUGGUUGCUGUGCAGACUAGUUGAAUACAUGUACAAACUAUUUUAUACAGAUAGAUUGUUUUUUGUAAUGUACAAUAUUCAUGCUUUAGUGCCAUGAAGAAAGUUAAGAGAUGUGUGUGUGUGUGAUAUUUGCAGAAAUAAAGCACCUUUCAACAAU